AAUUUCUGUAGUCUCUGGGGCUCCUUGAGACCAUCAUUGCCUUCAACAUGUCACGUAUAGAGGAGCUUCCAGAUGACUUCGACGAAAACCUCAAUCUCAAUGAGGCGCCUAGCGUACCCUCCAUUGAGGAGCUGUACCAGCAGCACAUCUCCGGCCCCGAACAGAAACACAUCUCAUCCAAAAGCUUCGAGGAAAUCGUGCAGGACAUGAGCAAGACACCUCUUUUUAUGAAUAGUCUCGAUGAGGCGACUGAUGCUGAUGGAGAGAAUAUCAUGCUCGAGGCUCUCAAAGCUAUGCAAUAUGAAGGAACCAAAGCAGAAGUAGCUCAAGGAUUCAAAGACCGCGGAAACGAAAUGGUGGCUGAGAAGAAAUGGGGUGAUGCGAAAGAGUUCUACACCAAAGGUAUUGCAGUUUUGGAGACGAAAAGCGAGGACAAAUGGGACAAGCCCGAAGACAUGGAGGCAGAGACCAAGCAGUGCACCACGCUCGAGGAACAGCUUCAUGUCAAUCGGGCGCUCUGCAACCUGGAGCUGAAAAACUAUCGGUCAACUACGCUAGACUGCGCCGCCGCGCUACGUGUCAAUCCCUUCAAUGUCAAAGCCCAUUUCCGAUCAGCAUCCGCCUUGUUGGCGCUGGAUAAAGUGCUGGAAGCCCUGGAUGUGGCCUCGCGCGGCAUUAAAAUUGAUCCUGACAAUGCGGCCCUGAAGAAGUUGCUGGACCAUGUCCGAACCCGGGCCAAAGCAAAAGAAGAGCAGGACAGACGGCGCAUAGCAGAGCACAAGAGGAAGCAGCAAGAGAAAGCUGUCCUUCAAGCCGCAUUGCAAGCACGGGAUAUACACCUUCGAGGCUCAGAGCAGCCACCCGACCUAGAAGAUGCACGCAUACGGCUAUCGCCAAACCCGUUGUCACCGAAAAGUCUGGUGGAGUUUCCCGUCAUGCUUCUGUACCCCAUGCACAAUCAAUCGGACUUUGUCAAAGCUUGGGCAGAGAAAGACGCCAUCAUACACCAUCUAAGUUAUAUCCUACCCCUGCCGUGGGACACCAAGAACGAGUACACAGUAUCCACGGUCGAUUGCUAUAUGGAUACCGUCAGCGGAGGCCUGAUGAAGAUUGGUAAGAAAUUGACGUUGUUGGAAGCAUUGUCGAAUGGCAAGACGGAAGUGGUCGAUGGAUUGGUCAGGAUAUAUGUCGUACCAACAUCGAAGGCAUCGCAAUGGAUUGACGAAGUAAAGCGAAAAAAGGGCAAAUAAUGGCCGAUAUGGAGAGUGGAUUAAUAUCUCCUCCCCAACGAUCACAGAUGAUGCCUAACAAUAUUAAUGAAAUGGGACGCUUGUCGUUCCGCUUUUCCUACG